UUCAAUGAGUUGACUCCCCAUCCUCACUGGGAGCAGAGGGUACCUCAGAACAGACAGGAACAUCAGGAGCUGCUCAGUGCCCUCUCCUGCCCAGUCUCAUUUGACUUGUGUAAAGCAGUGGCAAGGACUGAGCAUGUUGUUGGAGAGUUAUCAAAAUUAUCUGAAAGUAAUGACAGUGAAGCUUUAUCAAACGGAGUCUCUUUAUUUUAUGAAGUGUUAAAAUUCAUAACCUCAGAAACAAAGCAGUACCCACCAACCUGCCAGUUCCUCUCAUCAUGCAUACAAAUACUGGGACAAGAAUUCAUACACAGGGACCCCAGUCAGACAGCCACCAUAUUACAGUUAUUGUUAGCCCAGAGGUCACUGGGUGACAUCCUUGCUCCUCUCUUUGAUCCCAAUCUCUGUCCUCCUGACUUUAUCUCAAUGUAUGUGAGUGUGAGGGAAGUAGCCAUCAAAGAAGGACCCACCAUUGCUUUCUCUACACUCACCAAA